AUGGGCUCCACCCGCGCCGCCGUUACUAAGAGGCCUGCCGCCGGAGUCAAGAAGUCUUCCGCCGCAAAGAAGACCGCGGUGUCCAAGAAGAAGCCCGCAGCGACGGCUGCUGCUGCGAAGAAAAAGAUCGCCAAGAAGGCAGCCCCUUCUAAAAAGGCAGCCCCUGCUAAAAAGGCAGCCCCUGCUAAAAAGGCAGCCCCCGCUAAAAAGGCAGCCCCUGCUAAAAAGGCAGCCCCUGCUAAAAAGGCAGCCCCUGCUAAAAAGGCGGCACCAGCUAAAAAGGCGGCCCCGGCUAAAAAGCCAGCCUCGGCGGCCAAGGGCAAGAAGACCACCGCGCCUGCCAGCGGAAAGCGGGGGCUUAAGGGCCACGCUGCGCCGAGCUCGGCGACCGGCAAAGUGGGCAAGGUCGACCCCGCGGCCGGCCUGAGCGACGAUGCCGUUCUGGCGGAGGCGGAGGACGAGAACGAGGAGCUGGACGCGAUGCUGACCCUGAUUGACGUGAAGAAGAACAUGGACAAGUACUUCGUUCUCCAGGUGAUUCUCGAGCCCGCAGGCUCGUCCAAGAAGAAGGCCAAGACCGCCAAGGGCUCCUCUACGUCGGCCACGGACCAGGGCAAGCUGGAGGGCCCCUUCGACACCAUCGAGGAGGCCUCGGCUCUCUUCGCCGCCAAGUUCGAGGAGAAGACGGCGAACGAGUGGGACGUGGACGACCACGAGGACCGCCACGUUGUCAACAAAGGCGCGUGUGAACGCAAGUACAAGUGCCUUCGCCCCAACGCUUCCCAGGUCCAGGCGGAAGCGUGGCAGUACUGGGUCGACGACAACAUCGACGGGAAAACCGACGGCUGGUACGACUACGACGACAGCGCCGCGAUUGUCGUUGAGCAGCUCAACACCGAGUUCCAGACGAACCCGUCGAUGAGCCAGAGAGUGGUCACCAGCGGAACGUACAUGUACCUCGUGGACCUGGCUUUAAUGACCCAGACCAACAUUAGUCACCCCAACCGGAAGAUGCGCCACAUCCGCCGCAACCCGGGGAAGUCUCUGCCAAACACGCCUCCGGGGGUUUCCACCGGCAAGGGUAAGGGUAAGGGCAAGGGCAAGGCCGCGGUCUCCGUUACGGCCCCUCCCUCGCCCGCCCCCGCCGCCUCCAACGCCGAGGUCGACAAGUGCUGCCCGAAGGCCGGCAACACGGGCGUGUCCGUGCACGCCGGGCACGACGCUAAGCUUAACCAGACCGACAUCGCCAGCAACAAAAACAAGUUCUACAUCCUCCAGAUGUGCCGCGACGCCGGGCGCAACAACUACUUCGUCUGGUGCCGCUGGGGCCGUGUGGGGGAGCUCGGAGCGAUGGCUGAGCUGGGUCCUUUCAGCGACGAGAGUGAGGCUUCCAAGGUCUUCGCCCAUAAGUUCAAGAACAAGUCGGGCAACAAGUGGGGGGACGCCCAGAACGGCAAGUUCACGGCAGUGCCCGGGAAGUACGAGCUCAUCGAGACGGACAACUCGGACACCACAGCCGCCGCCGCUGUGGUUGCCGCCGGCGGCUGCCCGUCCUCCCCCGCCCGCCCCGCGAAGGUGCUGCCGUCGACGCUCGACCCCGCAACCAAGGAGCUCGUGGAGCUUAUCUUUAGCGAAGACAUGUUCAAGUCUGCGAUGUCGAAGAUGAACAUCGACGUCAAGAAGAUGCCCUUGGGACAGCUCUCCAGUGCCCAGGUCCAGCGCGGCUACCAUGUCCUUGAGGAACUGGAGGACGCGCUCAAGACCACCGGCAGGAACAAGGCGGCCUUGCUCGAAGCGCUUUCAGCAAAGUUUUACCAGGUGAUUCCCCACGCCUUCGGGCGCUCUAGGCCGCCGGUGAUCAACACGGACACCAUGCUCCGCGACAAGGUCGAGAUGCUCAACGUCCUUCAGGACAUCGACGAGGCACAGACCCUGCUGUCGUCCACGAGCGGUACAAAGCAGGGCAAGGGCAAGGGCGCCGAAAAGGUACCGACUGUACCGCACCCCACGGAUGUGAACUACGCCGCCCUCAACGCCGACCUCAAGCUGGUCUCGCCCGGCUCUAGCGAGCACAAGGUCAUCAAGACCUAUCUGGAGAACACUAAGCCGGGCUACGGCGACAUGGACCUGUUGAAUGUCUGGGCCGUCGACAGGGAGGGUGAGGGGCAGCGCUUCAAGGCGCACGAUAAGAUGACCAACCGCAAGCUUCUGUGGCACGGAACUAACGUGGCUGUCGUGGCUGCCAUCGUCAAGAGCGGGCUUCGUAUCAUGCCCCACAGCGGCGGACGCGUGGGUAAGGGCAUCUACCUCGCCUCCGAGAACGCGAAGAGCCGCCAGUACGUGCGCCCAGCGUACGGGGCGAAGGGCCCCGGGGUGAACCUAGGCAUCAUGUUCCUGUGCGAAGCGGCCUUGGGCAACGAGGCUAGCAUCACCGUCGACGACUGGAAGCUCACCAAGCCCCCCCAGGGGUACGACUCGAUCGUGGCGCGCGGGUGGCAGGAGCCCGACCCGUCCAAGGAUGUCGUCAUCACCAUCGAUGGGAAGUCGGUUAGCGUGCCCCAGGGCAAGCCUAAGGCCCAGUCCCAGUACAAGGACUCUAGGUUCUCCAACUCCGAGUACCUGGUGUACAAGGAGAGCCAACAGCGCAUCCGCUACAUGCUCACUGUCAAGUGCUGAUUUCAUCGCCGGGCCAUGCGGGGACGUGCCCAAAGAAAGGCAGACACAUGUAGCCGCCGCUUUGGUCUUGUCGUGGCGUUGCAUCGCAUCCCAAACUAAGUCCUGAUUGGUUCAGCUCACGCCUGGUUUGUGAGGGUUUAUGCCCCCGCGCUCGCGAGCACUGGUCGUCAUGUAGUCUAUAAUUUUGUUCAAUCUUGACGUGGUUUACGGAGCAACGCCACAGACGAUGAUUUCGUCGCCCAUGGGACGCGGCUUGAUGUACGCCGGGUGGGUUUUCGAGGCUGGAGGUGUAGGCGUGCAGACUACCCAACCCAUCAUGCCACGUGGCUUGUUUUUUGUUGUUGUUGUUGUUAUUGUUAUCUUGUUUACCGCGUUGUGGUUCUAGCUCGGACGUUUUGCGCGAGCUAAGUAAAUUGUUUUUUCCCUUUGUGUUGCAGUAUUCCUAAUUAAGUCGUAGUCUAGACUAAACGCUGAUGAAGUGACAUAUGGUUUCGUGAUUUCCAACAGAGAAGGGUCGCCAUUGAAUGGACUGGAGGAGCGAGCGGCCACGUUGUUCUCGAAAGCACGAGUCUGUCUGGUCACAUUUCAUCCAUCAAUUGUACCAGGAUCCCGGCCUUUCGACCCUGGGUGACGCUGCCCGUUGUCCAGGGAUCUUCGGCCGUGCCUGUUUUGUUGAAAUUCCGGGCCAGUUUUUUUACCAAUCAGCGAACUGGGAACCGAUGGUGAAUGAAUAUGAAUUCCCGCCAGUGUUGAUAUGGUGCGUAUUGAGUCCUGUUGGCACAAGCCAUAAAACUUGUAUUUUCGAGUAAGGUAUUGGAGAUGUUAUGUGGGGGUGGUAUUCGAUGUGUGUGUAAUUAGCGAGAUUUGCUGUCGUGAUAAUACGACCCGUCCUCUAGCGAGCAGUGUAUCGGCGUCGGAGGAGGGUGAGGGAGUGGUAGAGAUAGAUGUCCUGCACUUCGGUUGGCGCGAUUGGGCGUCGCAUCGGUUCAGUUCGGCACAAAGGAGUACGUAGCAGCAGCACAUCAAGCGCAACGAAUGGGGAUAACGUGUGUAUGCCAACGGCAAUGUUCAAUUUCUGUAAAAAGCAGCUCGCCGUUGUGUGCAGUCGUUUAAGGUGAAGGUUACGCGUGCUUCGAGAGAGAAUAAUCUUGAGUAUAAUGAGGCGGUGUUGAGUGGACGUUGUUAUUCGCCGUUCGUAGCUGCUCUGAGUGACCUUGUUGAUGGCAAGAACGACGACAAUUUAUGUACUUGGAGCUUGGAGACGCACGUCCGGCAAGGUUGUAGAUUUCCCUCUAUUUGGCGGUUUUCUUCUCGAGUGGCACACAGGCUACUGCUAGGCGUCGACUGUGUGAAUGCCAGUUAAAAUCGGGCAAAAAACUCUCGACA